AACUGGAAGCAUUGUUGUUUUUUUAAUUUUAAAAAAGUGUAAAUUUCACCAGUACUUGUGUUCAAGUGAUAUUUCCACGUUUUUUUAAUUCUUUAACGAGUUUUCAUUUCUUAUAAGUCUGUUGCAGUGACAUGUAAAAAUGCAUCUGUUGCUUAGUGCAAUUGCUGGAAUUUUCGCCGCUACAUUUGCUGCGUCGUCAUCCGAUUUGAAUGCUUGGCACGAAUUUAAGACGAAAUACUCGAAAGAAUAUCCAAAUGAAACUGAAGAAAGUCGUCGAAUGGACAUAUUUUUGAGACACAGAAAACAAAUUGACACGCACAAUGAACUUUAUGAUCAAGGACUUUCUUCGUUUAAAAUGGGCUUAAAUAAAUACAGCGAUCUUGGGACUGAUGAAUUUAGCAGAAGCUUAAAUGGACUUCAAGUUGGCAUUUUUCGAUCAAUACGAGAAGCUCCAAUUGUCGAGCCAGUUAUGAAUACAACACGAAAAUCCAUUGAUUGGCGACAAAAGGGUGCAGUGAUUGAAGAGGUGCAGGUCACGGUAAACUGUACUUCAUGGGCUUUUGCCGGAAUAGGAUCUAUCGAAAGUCAACGAUACUUGAAGAAAGUUGCUCCAUUGGAACGGCUGUCUGUCCAAAACAUCAUCGACUGUGCAACUGAUCAUGCCUCGAUAUUGAAAGAAACGAAGUAUUCAAGCCUUGGAUGUAAAGGUGGCAGAAUCUCAGACGCUUUCAAAUAUGUCAAAGAACAUGGAAUUGAUACGGAAGAGGCCUACCCGUAUAAAGGUGAAGAUAAGACGUGCAAAUAUACUAAUCAAAAAUCAAACAUUACAAUUCGCGAGUUCGUUUAUUUGAACAAAGGCGACGAAAAGUCAUUGCAAGAUGCUAUUUUGAACAUUGGUCCGAUCGCAGCUGGCAUCGAUGCUUCACAGCCUUCUUUCGUAAUGUAUGCGGGAGGCAUUUAUGACGACUCCAAUUGUACAUCGCAGAUUAAUCACGCGGUUUUAAUAGUUGGAUUUGAAAGCGAUUCGCAUGGUAUCCCCUAUUAUAUAGUGAAGAACUUUUGGAGCAAUAAGUGGGGAGAGAGCGGUUAUAUGAAGUUGCGUGCAAAUCAAAAUAACCUCUGCUCCAUUGCAUCACAUGCUUUCUACACAAAAUUUUCAAAACAUUAUGCAAACGAAACGGAAGAAAAUCAUCGCAUGGACACGUACCGAAAUUAUGCCCAAACUGUGACAUUGCUAGCGCCACGACGGAAUUCAAUCUUGAAACAUUUAGCACUUUUACCUUCAAUUAUGAGUCCAUUUUCCCUUCGAAGUUUCAGUAUGAACAAGUGCAUUAUUUUAAUCGGUGCAUUUGUUGCCAUUUCAAGUGUAAUUUCUUCAACGGAUUUGGAUGCGUGGCAAGAAUUUAAGACAAAUUAUUCAAAACAUUAUGCAAACGAAACGGAAGAAAAUUAUCGCAUGAAAAUUUACAUAAAACUUAAAAAAGAAAUCGACAAACACAAUGAACUCUAUGAAAAAGGCUUAGUUUUAUUCAAAAGAGGCGUGGACAAAUACAGUGAUUUAACAGAUGAAGAGAUCACGAGUCGCAGGAGAGGAUUUGAUUCCAAUAUGACUAGACCUGAAUCUGAAGCUGACGAUUUAGAAUAUUUUGUGGGAUCGUCUCAUUAUAAAUUGCCAGACUAUGUGAACUGGAGAGAGAAAGGCGUUGGACCAGCAAAAGAUCAAGGUGAUUGUGGAAGUUGCUGGGCUUUCGCGGCAGUUUCAGCUGUCGAAAGUCAUCUAUUCAUUAAAAAAGGGGUGCGAGUAUCAUUAUCACCGCAAAAUAUCAUGGACUGUUCAUCAAACGGCGGUUGGCCAGAUCAAGCUUUUAAAUAUAUCAAACAUCAUGGCAUUUAUACAGAAAGUGCUUAUCCAUAUGAAGCUAAGAACAGAGCCUGCCAAUAUAAACAUUACCAAAAAUCGAGAAUCUCUAUUCGCGGCUACCACACAAUUCCAAGUGGAGAUGAGCGAAAAUUGAAAGAGACGAUCGCAAAAGAGGGACCCGUGGUUGUCGUAAUUCAUGCGGGUCAUUUAUUCGACUCUUAUCGUGGUGGCGGCUAUUAUGCUUGUCUCUUGGAGAAACACAUUUUGAAUCACGUCGUUUUGGCAGUAGGUUACGGAACAGAUAAAUUUGGAAGAGAUUACUAUAUCUUGAUGAAUUCAUUUGGAGUGGAUUUUUCGAAACAAUAUCACAAUCAAACUGAAGAAAAUUACCGCAUGCAGAUCUUUCUCGAGCACAAAAGAAAAAUCGACACACACAAUGAACGUUAUGAAGAAGGUUUCACUUCAUACGAAAUGGGUUUGAACAAAUACAGCGAUCUCACAUCGGAAGAAUUCAAAAAUCGCAUGAAUGGACUUAAGCAAAAGCAACCAUUGAAGUAUAGAGCAAAUAUUGAAGUUGAAGAGUGUCAUUUUUUUGUCGGAUCGACGCAUAUCGAUCUACCAAAAGAAAAAGACUGGAGAAUUGAGGGCGCCGUGACUGAAGUGAAAGAUCAAAAAGAAUGUGGAUCGUGUUAUGCGUUUGCCGCCGCAGCUGCUAUAGAAGGGCAAAUAUUUUUGAAGAAGGUUGGCCCACUGGAAUCGCUUUCUGUUCAAAACAUCGUCGACUGCUCGUCAACAUUGGCUUCUCUGUUGAAGCCCAAAACUUAUGUCAACGAUGGUUGUAUGGGCGGUUCAGUCGAUGAAGCUUACUUAUAUGUGAAAGACCAUGGCAUUGACACGGAGGACAACUAUCCGUACACCGGGUCGUAUUUUAGCAUCUGCCGGCACAUUUAUCAGAAGUCGAAUAUAACAAUAAGCGGCUAUAAAGAUAUUCCAAGCGGAAACGAGCUUAAACUGCAGGAAGCUAUUGCGACAGUCGGGCCCAUUUCCGUUGCCAUCGAUGCUUCACACGCAUCUUUUCAACACUAUAAAAGUGGUAUAUUCCACGAGCCAACGUGCAGCUCAACAACCUUUGAUCACAGCGUUUUAGCCGUUGGCUACGGAAGUGAUGGUGAUGGAAAAGAGUAUUACAUUGUGAAAAAUUGCUGGGGAAUUCAUUGGGGAGAAAGCGGGUACGUUAAAAUGCCACGAAAUCAAAAUAAUCACUGCUCGAUUGCAUCAUUUGCCAACUAUCCCAUCGUUUUUAACGAUAAGACGUCAUUCUUUUCUGUUUUCGUGAUAGUUAUAUUAUUCGGAAGUGAAAUGAAUAAAUUGUUGAUUGCUGUAUUUAUGGGACUGUUUGCCAUUUCAACGGCAAGAAUUUCUUCGUGUGAUUUUGAUGCAUGGCAAAGAUUUAAGCUGGAAUAUUCGAAACAAUAUGCAAAUCAAGCGGAAGAAGAUCGUCGAAUGGGAAUUUUUGUGAAGCAUAAACGAGAAAUCGAUAAACACAAUAAACUUUUUGAAAAGGGUUUAGCUUCAUUCAAAAUGAGCAUAAAUCGUUUUAGUGAUCUUAAUCCCGAAGAAUUUACGACUCGUAUGAAUGGACUAAAACCGCGCGAAAUUUUAAGAUCACAACCAGACGAGGAACGCGAUUAUUUUAUUGGGUCACCACAUAUGCAUUUGCCGAAAAGUAUCGAUUGGCGAAAGAAAGGUGCCGUUUCAAAACGAGUAAGGAAACAAAACAAUUGUGGGAGUUGCUGGGCCAUUGCCGCUGUAGGUGCGAUCGAAGGACAAUUGUAUAUACACAAACACAGUCCAUUGAGAGAACUAUCACCACAAAAUUUGGUCGACUGUUCAACACUUUAUGCGACUAUAUUGAAAGAACAAUUUCUAAAUUUUGGAUGCAAUGGCGGUGUGGUGGAUGAGGCGUUUAGAUAUGUGAAAGACCAUGGAAUCGAUUCGGAAAAGGCUUAUCCGUAUGAAGGUCGCGACAAGAAGUGCAAGUAUACGAAUCAAAAAUCAAACACCACCAUUAGUGGCUUCAAAGAUAUUCCAAUCGGAGAUGAGCUGAAAUUACAACAAGCUAUCGCCACAGUUGGUCCGAUCGUCGUUGCGAUCGAUGCUUCACAAGACACUUUUCGACAUUACUCGUCGGGCGUUUAUAAUGAUCACAAUUGCAGUUCGACAACUUACAAUCAUGCUGUGCUGGCGGUUGGAUUUGGCGUUGAGAAAAAUGGUCACGAGUAUUAUAUAGUGAAGAAUUCAUGGGGACGAAAGUGGGGAGAGGAGGGAUAUGUUAAAAUGUCUCGAAAUAAAAAUAAUCAGUGUUCAAUUGCAUCGAAUUCUCAGUUUCCACUCGUCUAAAAAUAAGAAUUACUAUCUUUUUUUUUCUUUAGCUGUAAUUUUGA